GAACAUGAACAAAAGAAGAUCGAGUGAAGUAGUGACUUUUCCAUUUCUUCCACAGUUUGUUUUAAAUCUUCUUUUUACCUCAACAAUUAUUUGAGAUCUUCACCAUUAUGGGUAUCAUUUGCUUAAAGCGAUUCAUUCAAUGAUCUAGCAGCUAGUUAAGCAAAAGAUCAAAACAUGGGCUUAAGAAAUUAAUAAAGAAGAUUGUGGCUGAACCAGAAUUCCUCUCUCUCUCUCUCUCUCUCUCUCUCUCUCUCUCUCUCUCUCUCUCUCUCUCUCUCUCUCUCUCUGCCAAAUGAAGAAAAUCCACUCACUGACUGACAGUUGUUAGAGUAUGGUAUAAGAUCCAGCAAAACCUUCUCCCAACAACUCGAGUUAUUGGGAGCAACUGGUUCAUGACAUGGUAUCAGAGCCUCGAACCAAAAGGUCAUGUGUUCGAAUCUCCACGACCCCCAAUAUUAACCGUUGUCUUUCAAGCACAUGGUAUGGUGGGCCUGUGCAAACUUCAAGCCCAUGGGUUGGCUUUCGUUUGAGGGGGCGUGUUAGAGUAUGAUAUAAGAUCCAGCAAACCUUUCUCCCAACAACUCGAGUUAUUGGGAGCAACUGGUUCUUGACAACAGUCACACACCUCUUGAUUUUUUUUUUUUUUUUUUUAUUUUGCUUUCUUGCUUGCCUUGCCUGUUAAGCACAAUUCCCCCAAGCAGUACCAGUCUAGUGUCUACCACAUCCUCUCCCGCCAUCAGGAAAACGACGGCGUACCCGUGACGCUCCCCUGGCUUUAUCAGGCCACCAUCCAAUCCAUCUCCUCCAUUUCUCGUCCCAGAAUUCUUGUCUGGUAAUUAAGUUUAGCAUUCUGCCAAUCCUUCCUUUCUCCUGUUGAUUUCCAGCUUGCUAGCUGCUAAAUGAACAGAAGAAACCAACAAGCUCUUGCCUUUCUCACGGACCCAUAAUCCCCUUUUGCUUCCUCUCCCCAAAUUCCUUCUGUACAGAUAAAUAAUAAGAAAAGACGCCAUUCUGUUCAAGGGCCCCAUUGCUCUUCGUCCUCUGGACUUCCCAAGGCUGUUUUUUUUUUUUUUUUUUUCUCAUCUGGGUACUGAGGAUUUGUGAAAAAGUUUGCGCCUUUGCCUCAGCUUCGAUGCUUUCGUAGCUUUCCGCGACCUAUAUUAUACGGGUUGAGAGCUUCCACCCUUUCUGGGUUCUUUGUCAAAUCAGAAAAUAUGGUGCUGGGUAAUGCUAAAGCAAGAGCCUUUACCUUGUUCUUCCUGUUCUUGUUCACAUCUUGCUCCGAGGGCAAAGAGUGUACUAACACUCCAACGCAGCUUUCUUCCCACACGUUUCGUUAUGAACUUUUGUCGUCAGAUAACGACACGUGGAAGUCGGAGAUGUUUGCCCAUUACCACGACGAUGAUCACUUGAUACCCACUGAUGAUUCGGCCUGGGCCAGUUUGCUUCCGAGGAAGGUAUUGAGGGAGGAGGAAGAGUUCAAUUGGGCGAUGGAGUACAGGAAAAUGAAGGAGAAUGUUCAGUCUUCUUCUGCUGGGAGCUUCCUGAAGGAAGUAUCCUUGCAUAAUGUGAGGCUGGAUCCUAGUUCCUUGUACGGGAGGGCUCAACAGACGAAUUUGGAGUACUUGUUGAUGCUGGAUGUUGACAAUUUGGUUUGGAGCUUCAGGAAGAAUGCUGGUUUUGCCACUCCCGGGACUCCUUAUGGUGGUUGGGAAGCUGCUGACGUGGAGCUCAGAGGCCAUUUUGUUGGACACUACAUGAGUGCUGCUGCGAUGAUGUAUGCCAGUACGCACAAUGAAACUCUCAAAGAGAAAAUGUCGGCAGUCGUGUCAGCUCUAUCUAAAUGUCAAGACAAAAUCGGUUCAGGAUACUUAUCUGCUUUCCCCUCGGAGUUCUUCGAUCGAUUUGAGGCUGUGCAGCCUGUUUGGGCUCCUUAUUACACCAUUCACAAGAUCAUGGCAGGUCUUUUUGAUCAGUACAUGUUUGCCAACAAUGCUCAAGCUCUCAAGAUGGUAACAUGGAUGGCUGAUUACUUCUAUGGCCGUGUCCAGAAUGUUAUAACCAAGUAUACAAUUGAGAGACAUUUUCGGUCUCUGAAUGAAGAAACUGGAGGGAUGAAUGAUAUCCUCUACAAAUUGUACAGCGUAACGGGAAAUCCCAAGCAUUUGUUGCUGGCUCACCUUUUUGACAAGCCAUGCUUCCUUGGCCUGCUUGCAAUCCAGGCUGAUGACAUAUCUGGUUUUCAUGCAAAUACUCAUAUCCCAAUAGUAAUCGGAGCACAAAUGCGCUACGAACUCACUGGUGAUACACUUUAUAAGGAAAUUGGGACAUACUUCAUGGAGAUUGUCAACUCUUCUCACAGCUAUGCAACUGGAGGGACAUCAGUGGGUGAAUUCUGGUCUGAUCCAAAGAGGUUGGCUGGUACACUGCAGACAGAGAAUGAAGAAUCAUGCACUAGUUACAACAUGCUGAAAGUCUCACGUCACCUCUUCAGAUGCACAAAAGAAGUGGCGUAUGCAGACUACUACGAGCGUGCCAUUACCAACGGUGUCCUGGGGAUCCAGAGAGGAACAGAACCUGGAGUGAUGAUCUACAUGCUACCACAGGGUCCUGGAAGCUCUAAGGGUAGAAGCUACCAUGGAUGGGGAACACCGUUUCAGUCCUUCUGGUGUUGUUAUGGAACAGGAGUGGAGUCCUUCUCUAAGCUGGGGGAUUCGAUAUACUUUGAAGAGCAAGGAAAUGCACCAGGACUUUACAUCAUCCAAUACAUAUCAAGCACCUUCGACUGGGAAUCUGGACAGGUCUUUCUCAGUCAGAAGGUUGAUCCUGUUGUCUCUUGGCAGCCUUUUCUGCGAGUGACAUUGACAGUUUCUCUGAAAGAGGGGUCUGGUAAGUCAUCUACUUUGAAUCUGAGGAUACCAACUUGGGCAAAUGCAAAUGGUGCUGAGGCGACUUUAAAUGCUGUGAGCUUGCCUCUUCCGUCUCCAGGAAAUUUCCUGUCCGUGACAAGAAAGUGGAGCAGCAGUGACAAAUUGACACUAAAGCUGCCUAUGAGUUUGAGAACUGAAGCUAUCAAUGAUGACAGGUCUGAGUAUGCUUCCAUAAUGGCAAUCCUCUAUGGCCCAUACCUACUUGCUGGCUACAGCAAUGGUGACUGGAACCUCAAACUCGGAUCAAGCCUUCCUGAAUCCAUCACUCCAGUUCCUUCUACACACAAUUCCCACCUCCUCACCCUCUCCCAAGAAUCUGGAGGUUCCACAUUCGUCGUGACGAACACAAACGAAUCCUCGAUCACAAUGGAGAAGCUCUCCAACCCUGGCACCGAUGCUUCGGUCCACUCCACAUUCAGACUCAUCUCAAGGAACAACAACAGCCACAAGCUAUCAACAUCACUUGAAGAUCUCAUUGGUGAACAAGUCAUGUUGGAGCCAUUCCACCUCCCAGGGAUGGUGCUAAUGCAGCAAGGAAAAGAUGAAGUGAUGAUGGUCAGAAACACAGUUCCUUCAGAUGGGUCGUCUGAAUUCCUCGUCAUAUCAGGACUGGAUGGGAAGGAAGGAAGCGUGUCUCUCGAGUCUGUUAGUCAGAAGGGCUGCUUUGUGUUCAGUGGCUUGGAUUACAAGCCAGGAGCAAAGGUAAAGCUCAGCUGCAGGACUAGCUCAGGCGCUGGUGGUGAUGACGAAUUCGGUAAAGGAGCAAGCUUUUCAGCGAAUCGAGGGCUGUCACAGUACCAUCCCAUUAGCUUUGUUGCCAAGGGGGAGAACAGAGGUUUCAUCCUUGCACCAUUGAUGAGCUUUAGGGACGAAUCAUACACUGUCUACUUUCACUUCCGUAGUUGAGAAAAAAGGAUGGUUACAUACAUUCUGGAAGGUAGUUGUUAGUUUUUGCGUAUGAAGCAAGCAAUAACAAACAGAGUGGGAAAGGAGCAUAUUUCCAAAAUGAUUAGUGAAACAAUGUAUUGCAUAUCAAAUUAAAAUUAUCAUAGAAUAAUUCAACUAUAAAUAUGCAUUACAAAAGUGUUAUCUAUCAGUGUAUACAUACAAAAACACCUCUCUAUAAAAAAUACCAAGCUGU